AUGCCCAGCCGGGAAAAUCUAAGCUUGUUUCGAUUUCGGUGUGCGAUCGAUCGAUCUCCUCUUAAGGCUAUAAUCUCUGAUCCUGAUCUUGUCGUUCUCGCAAACUCGUUGCAAUGGUGGUUUGCAAAUGCAGAAAGAGCUCGUCAAGUGAAUGCUAAUGUUUUGCAAUUUCUCUUGGUCGAUGUGCAGGCUACGAAGCUGUAUUGCUUUGUGCACAAGGUCCCUGUUUGUGGGGAAUGCAUUUGCUUCCCGGAGCAUCAAACCUGUGUGGUCCGGACGUAUUCAGAAUGGGUGAUAGACGGAGAGUAUGACCAGCCAAAGUGUUGUCAGUGCCAAGCAGCAUUUGAUGAGGGGGCAGGUCUUCAAGUCACUCGGUUGGGUUGCUUGCAUGCUAUACAUACAAGUUGCUUGGUUUCACUUAUCAAGAGCUUUCCUCCUCAUACUGCACCUGCUGGUUAUGUGUGCCCAUCAUGUAGCACCCCUAUAUGGCCUCCCAAGAUGGUAAAAGAUGCAGGAUCUCAGCUCCAUGCCCAGUUAAGGGAAGUGAUUCUGCAGACUGGUCUUGUGAAUAAUUUAUUUGGGAACCAUCCAGUUUCUCGAUCCACCGAAUCUCGCAGUCCACCCCCUGCAUUUGCUUCAGAUGCCUUAAUUAAUGUAUCAUCAUCUUCUCAUACACAAGAAGGGAAGAUCCUUCCUGAUGGUUAUUCAGUAGCUGGAAAUGGAGAAUAUUCCAAACCUGCUGUCUCGGAGAUAGUUGAGAUAGAUGUUCCUGCAUCCGCUGGGAACUACAUGAAAAGCUCAAGCCCGGGACUUGCUGCUGCUGCUGCACGGAAAGGUGUACCCGCCGUAGACAGGCAGAACUCGGAGACUCUAUAUUAUGCGGAUGAUGAAGACGGGAAUCGUAAAAAGUACUCAAGAAGAGGUCCGCUUCGUCACAAGUUUCUGCGGGCUUUACUACCUUUCUGGUCAAGUGCAUUACCAACACUUCCCGUGACUGCACCACCUCGUAAAGAUGCGACAAAGGGAGAAGAUGGUUCAGAAGGACGUGUAAGACAUCGAUCAUCAAGAAUGGAUAUAAGGAAAUUACUCCUUUUUAUAGCAAUCAUAGCGUGUAUGGCAACAAUGGGGAUUUUAUACUACAGACUUGCACAACGUGUAAUUGGUCAAGAAAUACCUGAUGAGGAGCAGCAACGAUGAGACAGUGGAGAUAAGACUGGAUCAUCAUAUAUGUUCAUGGUUUAUCAAAAUCAAUGUGGCCUGCUUUAGAUCCUUUUGGGGACUACUAGAAAAUGUUUCUAUCGAGAAUUGUGGUUCCUUGUUUUGUGGCGGGUUAAAGUAUAUUUGAUUUUGUCAUCUCUUUUCUGUUUCAUUUGACAUGAUGUUUUAGUAUGUAGCUAUCGUUUUGGUAUAGACGAAAAUGCAUUUUUAUGGACGCUUAGGUGUUUCUUUUUUGUUCUUCGAUCAACAUUUCGCGUGCUCUAGAUUAGUGGUCUUUCUCGUGGAAUUGUCAUCGUUGUGGCCUACAAAUACGUGUUUGUUUACCGAG